AUGUUGUUUUCCCGUACUGUGGCUCUUUCCAUUUUGGCCACUUUGGGCGUUAACGGUCUCGUUAUCCCCCACAUUGGCGACGUUAUCGAUGUGUUCAAGAACACCGACUUGGCCACUCUCAAGGAUGACAUUUCCCACAAGGCUGGUGAUGUCAUUGCUGACUUGAAGGACUUGAAGGCGCCAAAGUUGGUUUCCAUUGACCAGGCUGCUCCUUUGUUGUCCAAGGAGGGUCUCCGUGACGUAAUUCCACACAAGUACAUUGUGGUGUUCAAGGAAGGUAUUCCAAAGAACUACGCUGACUUCCACUCCAAGUGGGUUGCUGACGUUCACGCCCAGUUGGUUGGCAAGGCCGACAAGAACCACCCAUACUUCUCUGCUGUGGAGGCUUUGAAGACUGAGGGCGGCAUCACCGACUCGUUCGAUGUGGCUGACCUUCUUACUGGUUACACCGGUUACUUCAUGGACUCCAUGGUUGACUUGAUCCGUCGUGACCCAGCCGUUGCUCACGUUGAGAAGGACUCAAUGGUUUACGCCAACGAGUUUGACGUGCAGAAGGGUGCUCCAUGGGGUUUGGCUAGAAUCUCCCACAGACCACCUCUCUCCUUGAGCUCUUUCAACCAAUACCUUCACGACACUGAGGGUGGUGACGGUGUCACUUCCUACGUGAUUGACACUGGUGUGUUUGUUGACCACAGCCAGUUUGAGGGUAGAGCCAAGUGGGGUAAGACCAUCCCAACCGGUGACACCGACAACGACGCUAACGGCCACGGUACUCACUGUGCCGGUACUAUUGCCUCCAAGGACUUUGGUGUCUCUAAGAAGGCUCACGUUGUUGCCGUCAAGGUCUUGGGUUCCAACGGUUCUGGUUCCAUGUCUGACGUCCUCAAGGGUGUCGAGUUUGCCGCAAAGUCCCACCAGGAGGAUGCCAAGAAGGGCAAGAAGGGAUUCAAGGGUUCCACUGCUAACAUGUCUUUGGGUGGUGGUAAGUCUCCAGCCUUGGACUUGGCUGUGAAUGCUGCCGUCAAGGCCGGUCUUCACUUUGCCGUUGCUGCUGGUAACGAGAACCAGGAUGCUUCCAACACCUCUCCAGCUUCCGCUGAGUUGGCUGUCACCGUUGGUGCUUCUACCAUCUCUGACGCUAGAGCUUACUUCUCCAACUACGGUGAUGUCGUUGACAUCUUUGCCCCAGGUCUCAACAUUUUGAGUACCUACAUUGGCUCCGACACUGCCACUGCUACUUUGAGUGGUACCUCUAUGGCCUCUCCACACAUUGCUGGUUUGUUGGCCUACUUCGUGUCGUUGCAGCCAGGCGCCGACUCUGAGUUCUUUGUUUCCGGUAAGGGCGUUUCUCCAGGCCAGUUGAAGAAGAACUUGGUCAACUACGCCACCAAGAACAAGUUGUCUGACAUCCCAGAUGACGGAACUCCAAACCUCUUGGCUUUUAACGGUGCUGGACACAACUUGACUAGCUUCUGGGGUGGUGAGGCCGCUGAAGAGGAGGUCCACCUGAAGGAGACCGUCACCUUGGGUUCCCAGAUUGACGAGUUGCUCGCCAAGGUUGAGAAGGACUCUUCUCACAUCGUCGACGACGUGAAGAAGUUGGUCCAAAACCUCUACAACAAGGAUUAG